AUGGAUUCCUUUAAAGGUGGAAUGAAUUUGGAGAGACUGCCCGAGAGCUUGAGACCCCAACCCUCCCAUGACAUGGCUUCCAGCUUCCAUUUGCAAAGAUCCUCGGAGCCCAGAGACCCGAUCGAGAACUCGGCCAGUGAAUCCUCCGACACGGAGGUGCCAGAAAAAGAGAGAAGCGGAGAGCAGAAAAACGAGGACGGGGCCGCCGACGACCCGGCGAAGAAGAAGAAGCAGCGGAGGCAGCGGACCCACUUCACCAGCCAGCAGCUGCAGGAGCUGGAGGCCACUUUCCAGCGGAACCGCUACCCCGAUAUGAGCAUGCGGGAGGAGAUCGCCGUGUGGACGAACCUCACCGAACCCCGCGUCCGGGUGUGGUUCAAGAACCGCCGAGCCAAGUGGAGAAAGCGGGAGCGGAACCAGCAGAUGGACCUGUGCAAGAACGGCUACGUGCCGCAGUUCAGCGGGCUGAUGCAGCCCUACGACGACAUGUACGCCGGGUACCCCUACAACAACUGGGCCACCAAAAGCCUCACCCCGGCGCCGCUCUCCACCAAGAGCUUCACCUUUUUCAACUCCAUGAGCCCCCUCUCCUCGCAGUCCAUGUUCUCGGCUCCCAGCAGCAUCUCCUCCAUGAACAUGCCCUCCGGGAUGGGCCACUCGGCCGUGCCGGGAAUGGCCAACUCCGGCCUCAACAACAUCAACAACAUCAGCGGCUCCUCGCUCAACUCGGCCAUGUCCUCGCCCGCUUGUCCCUAUGGGCCGCCGGGCUCGCCCUACAGCGUGUACCGGGACACUUGUAACUCCAGCCUGGCCAGCCUCAGACUGAAAUCAAAGCAGCACUCCAGUUUCGGCUACAGCAGUUUGCAGAGCCCCGGCUCCAGCCUAAACGCCUGUCAGUACAACAGUUGACGGACUUGACACGAACCGCCUCCGACAAACACCGCCGACAAAGGAAAAAUUACUAAGAAAAAAAAAAAAUAAAAAAUAAAGCAGAAACAAAGCGACGUUUAACGGAAAUGAAUAUAUAUAUGUGUGUGUGUGUGUAUGUAGAAACCCGAUGAUGUGUAAAAGCAAAACCCGAGCAAGUGAGAGAGGGAAAGAAACAGCACAGACAAACAAACAAAAG